AUGUCUGAACGAACGUAUAAAAAAAUCAACAUUGAACCAUUUUAUGUUGGUUCUGCAAAUGCAACAUUUUCAGGAGAUGGGUCGCUGAUGGCGACCGCUGUUUCGGAAGAUGUGGUGGUGAUCAAUAGAUUAACGAAUCAGAUUGUGCAUAGUAUUCAGGGAGAUGGAACUGAUGUGACAACUGUACGACUAUCUCCAGAUGGGCAGAAAUUGGCAAUAGUUUCUUUGUCUCAACAACUCAAGCUGUUUGACAUCAAUAAAGGUGAAUUUUACAAAUCAUACAAGUUUUCUGCUGCAGCUUACAUAUCGGCGUGUGACAGAACCUCUUCACUUUUUGCUUUUGGCCUCACUGAUGGAAGCGUUGUCGUUUGGGAUAUUGAGGGAUCUUUUAUUACUCAUAACUUCAAAGGACACGGUUCUACGAUUUCUGCAUUAUCUUUCCAUGGAGACUUCAACUCUAAAGACUGGAAAGUUUCAAGUGGUGAUAUAAUGGGCACGGUGAAGGUAUGGGAUUUAGUGAAGAGAAAAUGCAUAUUUACAUCCAAGGAGCACAGUGCAGCUGUGAGAGGUGUCAAUUUUGAUAAGUCAGGCGAGCUGUUUGUGUCUGGCGGAAGAGAUAAUCUACUGAUGCUUUACAACGCAAAGACGUGGAAGGAAAUCAAGUCCAUUCCAUUAGAAACAACUAUUGAAUCCGCAGGUUUUGUGAAAAUUAAUGGAGCUAAUUACAUCUACACUGGUGGUGAAGGGUGUGUAUUAUACAUUUGGGACUUCAAAUCUGAGUCCUUAUUUGCCAAGACCGAGAAACCAUUGGAGACCACCGAAGAACUGACAAUUACUGAAGUCAUUCAGCUCUGUGAUGUUUCUGACAAAUUGGUCAUGGUUUUCUCUGAUCAAACUAUAUUGGAUAUAUUUUUAUCGGAUGAUUUGGAUGGCACGAAUCAUAUCCUUCCCUGUACAAGAGUUAUGGCAGGUAACCACGGUACAAUUGCAGAUUUGAGGUACGUUGGACCCAGUGAGAACCUUUUAGCAUUAGCGACCAACUCACCAUCGCUAAGAGUUGUCGACAUUUACAACAAGCCUAUGGAUAUGGAUAUUUGCGAGGGUCACACAGAUCUUUUGAAUAUGUUGGACUCAACGGUUGACGGUUUAUGGCUAGCAACCGCCUCCAAAGACAACACCGCUAGACUAUGGAAAUACGAUGAAGAGUCCGAAAGUUUCACUUGUUACGCAGUAUUCGAGGGCCAUGCCUCCUCGGUGACAGCAAUUGGCUUACCAAGAACACCAAUCACUGAUUAUCCAAAAUUUUUGAUAACAGCAUCAGAGGAUCUAACUAUAAAGAAAUGGAGUGUUCCUAAGCCUAGCGGCAGUUUCCCCAUUUUUGUGAAAAGCUCUGAUUAUACCAGGAAGGCGCAUGAGAAGAUGAUUCAUGCCAUCGAUAUAAGUCCGAACAAUGAUUUUCUUGCGACAGCAAGCCAUGAUAAAACCUCAAAGAUUUGGGAUUUGCAGGGUGGUGAAACGCUGCACAUUCUUCGUGGCCACAAGCGAGCAGUUUAUGAUAUAGCAUUUUGUCACCAUGAUCGUCUGAUUGUCACCGCUUCGGGUGACCAAACUGCAAGAGUUUGGAACUUGGAAGACGGUUCCUGUGUAAGAAGCUACGAAGGGUCGUCAAAUGCAGUUCAAAGAGUGGCUUUCUUGUCCAAGAACCAAUAUAUUGUGGGUGCCGGUGCCGACGGUUUGAUCAAAAUUUGGGAGGUCUUCACAGGUGAAUGCGUCAACACAUUAGACAACCAUGAUAACAGAAUAUGGGCCCUAAGGGUCAAGGACAAUGGCGAAGAAUUCAUUUCAGCAGACUCAGACGGCGCAAUCACUAUAUGGCAAGAUUGUACAGAUGAAGCAAAUGCUGAGAAAGAACUCGCAAAGAAAGUAGAGGUGGAGAAAGACCAAGAGCUCAGAAAUUGUAUACGUGAAGGAGAUUGGGUCCAAGCCUUCAUGUUAGCUUUGGAUUUGAACCAUCCAAUGAGAUUGUACAAUGUUGUGAAGGAGUGCAUUGCGAAGGGUGAAGAUACCGAAUCUACUAUUGGAUCCUUCGAGUUGGAGGAAUUGAUUGGUGAACUUGAAGAUGAUAAAAUUCUAUUAUUGUUCAAACGGAUCAGGGACUGGAACACCAAUGCACGUUUGUUUGAAGUUGCACAAAAGGUGAUAAGAGUCAUUCUUGACAGAUGCGAUUUGGACAAACUUUAUCAAAUCAAAGGUAUCAUGCAAUACAUUGAUGCUAUAAUUCCGUACUCUGAGAGACAUUACUCCAGAUUUGACGGUCUGGUCGAGCAAAGUUACAUUCUGGAUUACGUGUCCCGGAAAAUGGAUGAAUUGUCUACCUGA